UGUAGUAACGUGUUGACCGACUAAAUCAAUAUUACAUUACUUAUUACCAACCAGUCAGCAAUGGAGAACAUUUCUCGCAAAAAUGAAACAACAACAUGAAGUCACAAACUCACGGGGAAGCGGGGGGUCCAACUCGUCCGGGUUAAAUGGCACAGGAUCCGAACCUCUCCACCUUUACCAUGCUGUCCCACUCGGCUUGGUUUUGGGAACUUUCAUCAUCUUCGCGGUGGCUGGAAACAUCUUGGUGAUACUGUCAGUGGGAUACAACAGGCACCUGAGAACUCCAACGAAUUACUUCAUCGUUAAUCUCGCCAUCGCCGACCUUCUCCUGGGCACAACCGUGUUACCUGUAUCGGCCACCUUGGAGAUAUUGGGUUACUGGGUCUUCGGGAGGAUUUUCUGUGAUGUUUGGGCAUCUGUUGAUGUGUUAUGUUGCACUGCAUCAAUCAUGAGUUUGUGUGUAAUCUCAAUUGACCGCUAUAUCGGAGUGAGCCAUCCUUUGCAAUACCCCAGCAUUGUGACGGGGCGCAGAGCUCUGCUGGCCAUGCUAGUGGUUUGGGUCCUGUCUCUGGUAAUCUCUAUUGGACCCCUGCUGGGAUGGAAGCAGCCUCCGUCACCGGACGAUACGGUGUGCCUAAUAAACGAGGAGCCCUUUUACGCAAUGUUCUCAUCAAUUUGUUCCUUCUAUAUUCCUUUAGUUGUCAUUCUAGUCAUGUACUUUCGUGUUUAUGUAGUGGCCAAAAGGACAACGAGGAAUUUGGAAGCAGGUGUAAAGACGGAGUCGAUGAAUUCAGGUGAAAUAACGUUAAGGAUUCACAGGGGUUCACAAGUGCACGAGGACACUGGUUGCGCCGCCAAAGGUCGCGUUCAUCAGGCGAGGAAUUCUCUGACGGUUAAACUUCUGAAGUUUUCGCGGGAAAAGAAAGCAGCUAAGACUUUGGGAGUUGUGGUUGGCAUGUUUACGCUGUGCUGGCUACCAUUCUUCCUCACUUUACCAAUAGUCUCCUUUGAUGUCAGCCUGCGGCCCCCUGACACAAUCUUCAAAAUCAUCUUCUGGCUUGGUUACUUCAACAGCUGCCUGAACCCCAUCAUCUAUCCCUGCUACAGCCGGGAGUUCAAGCAAGCUUUCAGCCGCAUUCUGAGAUGCAGAUUUCACCACAGGAGACGGUCAGGUUGGAGAGCGUACAACUACCAUGGCUCGCACAUCAACUCCUUCUACUCAUGCCAGGAUUCAAAAGACUCCAUGAACUAUGGCAGUUAUCUAAAUGUUAGCCAGAGAACCCUGUCUUCUGCCAACCCCAGCCCCAGUUACCACAUCAAAGGCCUGUCAUAUUUCCAGGAAGAUGGACCUAGACAUGGCCGGAGCAGGACACCUUCCAUUUUAUCGGAGAGUAUUUUGGAUAAUCAUCUUGAACCUGUGGAGGAAGUCCCUACCCAGUCUACUGAAAAUCCAGGCCAGCCUGGUCUCAAAGACUUCCCUUAAGAGCAAUCAAGUAAAGAUGUGGAACCUAAGGGAAAUAUGUGAUAUAUGCCCUUACACUGUGGAAUGUCACAAAGACUAUUGCCUGAAAAUACAGUUGCUGACAAUAA